AUGGUCAAAUCAGUAUUCUCCGCCGCAGGAGCUUACCUCGUGGCUGCCCUGUCGGCUAGUUCAGCAUUCGCAGUUCCAACCGAGGACCACUAUUCAAAACCAGGAAUCUCGAAGAUGAUCUUCAUGCCCGGGAAGGAAUCGAUUCAUGGUGCAAUCAUGAACCUUACCGUGGGCAACCCUCCUCAGUCCGUGGGUCUCCUCAGCGAUUGGACCUGGCAGUCAACCUGGAUACACACUCCGGACUGUGCAGGCGUCCACAGCGUCGAGAGAUGUAUCCUGGCGGGCCAGCAGUACUUUGAGCAGACCAAGUCUUCGACAUUCAAGAACACGACCUACAAGCAACAAUCCUUCCUGGGGACUGAUUAUACGCCUGGCAUUCCUUUUAUCACGACCUUCGGCAAAGACACCAUAUGCUUUAACAGUGAAGUUGAUGGCAGCCAGAAGUGCUUGAAGAACACCGUGAUGCAGAACACGAAUCUGACCAACCCGCUCCCGGCUGUCUUCGAUAUCGCAGGAGUAUUCGGCUUCGCUCCAGUUCUCAGGGGUAUGAACGAGACUUUCUUUUCAGCACCCUACCAAUUUUUUAAGGCCGGGGUCCUCGAUUCAGUGGUGGGAUGGCACAUGUGCGAGCAGCUCAAGGACUCCAAAUCCUGCCACGGGCAAGACUACAUGACCGUCCUCGGCGGCACCGACCAAUCUGUGUACGAUCCCAGAGACACCGUCUUCCACGACAUCGUGGUGGAUGACUGCAUCAACUCGGGCGAGCACCUGUCGUUGAGCCCAGCCCGCACCAACUACUGGUCCUCUAGAUGGACCGGUCUAUGGAUCGACCACAAGCCCUUCUCCCUCAAGGCCACCAACUCCCCGAACUACAACGCGACGACCAGGAACCCUCGGUGCGACUCCAUCGAACCUAUAGCCAUCUGGGACGAGGACAAGUUCGGCCACGGUGCGCCCAUGCCCUGGGACGCGUUCAACUACCUCGUCAAGAAGACCAGCGCCACCCCGCUCGACGUCUUCAAUCUCCCGGGAAUUUCGCCCGUCAACCCGGGCGCCGGCGGCCUCCACGAAGUCCCUUGCCGCAAGAUCGAAAGCUUCCCGACCAUCUCCUACGAGAUCGGUGGACGGCAGCGGAUCUCUUCGGUGCCGCAGCAGUACAUCGACACCACCCUCAUUCCCGGGAAGUGUCUCCUGAACGCCCGCGUCUGGGACCGGCCGGUUGACGGGGCCCAGACCUUCUUCGGCUUGCAGGUGCUGAGCAGGACUUAUUUCCAAAUCAACUAUGCUACCAACCGGGUCGGACUGACCCCUUUGAACCCGCGACUCUUGAAGUAG